GUGGGUUUCAUGGGGGAGGGAAUGAGGAUUGUCUAGACAGGCGACGUUUCACUUCCUGCCUGGAGGACGCAUAACCCGAAAAACAAUAACAAAUGUUUACCCCGCUCUGUCAAGGUUCGACUGAGUGAGAAGGAAGCGGAAAGAGAAAGAGAAAGAGAGAGAGCGGGGGAGGAAGAGUCGAUAGACGUUAUCUGCGAGUGCAUUGGAGUGCUGUGCAGAGGCUUCAUCACGUGGUCGUUCGAGUCCGUGUGAAUCAUGAUGGUGUCGAACGCGUUACUGCAUCUGGUGUUGAUCGCAUCGAGCCUCGCCCGUGCGAGCGCCUGGUCGAAAGACGUCCGCGCCGCCCUCGACCGAUCCCGGCACCGCGCCGACCGCUACGGCGAGGGCCUGGUGCCCCACGCCCACCGAGACCUAUGGCCGGCCGAGACGUGGACGGAGAACUCGAUGCCGCGGGACCGGACGGCGUACGCGAGGGUCUGCUACUACGUGGUCGAGGUGGAGGCGUGGGCGGCCGAGGGCGGGUUGCAGCCGGAGGGGAUCGACCCGGAACUCUGCACUCACCUGAACCUGGGAUGGGCAGUCAUCACGGAGAACCUCACGUUGGAGUGGUCCGGCGUGCCUCCGGAGAACACUGUCGAGGUGCUGCGCAGAAUCUACUCGCUGAGGCGGGAAAACCCAGACUUAAAGAUCCUGCUCACGGUCGGCGGAGGGGGCGGAGAGUUCGGGUUCCCACGCGCCGCCGCCUCGACGGAGAACCGGAACGCGUUUGCCGGGAACGCGGCGAGGUUCCUCCUCAACUACGGGCUGGACGGGCUGGACCUGGACUGGGAAUUCCCGGCGUGGUUCCACCCUUACGAGGAGCGGAGGAACUUCUCGCUGCUGGUGCAGGCGCUGCAUCGGGAGUUGAAGGCGCCGCCGUAUUCGCUGCUGCUGUCGGUGGCCGUGGCUGCGAGCAAGACGGUCGUCGAUCAGGCCUACGAGGUGGCGCCGCUGUCCAAGUACGUGGAUCACGUGAACUUGAUGAGUUACGGGUUCAACGCGUAUCAUUGGUACACGCCGUAUGCGGCGCACAACGCGCCGCUCUACGCCCGGAGCGUGGAGCACGCGUACUUCGCCACCCUCAAUACGGAUUGGGCUGCGCAGUACUGGAAUCACUUGGGGAUGCCUCGGAGCAAGAUCUUCGUCGGGAUUCCCACCUACGGACACACUUAUAAACUCCUGUUCGAAGAGCACCACGUCCCGGGUUCGGCGGUCGUGGACUCUGGAAGCGGAAACGGAUCCAUCCCGUACUUCGACGUCUGUUCCCUCCUCAACGCAUCGGGGAGUCAUCGAGAGUGGGACCGGGAAGCCCGAGUCCCCUACGCCUAUUCCGGACGGGAGUGGAUUUCCUACGACGACCUGGAAAGCAUCCAACUCAAGUGA